AUGGCAAGUGGCCCAAGUCGCUCAAAACAAGUCACUGUCGCUGGGGCGACGGCUGAAAUUGGAACUCGACUGGCUGGAAGUUUUACUCGACGUAACUUGAUUUCCACUUUCCUCGGAGCCUCUGUUGGAUUCGGAGUUGGAGUUGCUUUUCAUGCACUAUGGCGCGCCCUGGUUGAUCUCUAUACUAGACGCAAUGACACAGAUCGUCUGAUGGUGGAAUUAGCGAACCUGAAGCAAGAACUGAUGGACGUUCGUCGGAUGCUCAACCUCAACGAAGAUAAGUCAUGGAAAGCCAGCCAGUUGGUAAGUCAUAUUACCUCUUGCGAUUCACGAAAACUCCUACAAACGUUUGUUCUAAAAAGUGUUGUGUUAAAUUUCGUUUAG